UUGCACCACCCGUGUCAUUCGUAAUUUGGGGAAGCUUGUAGCAUGAUGGGGAACAGCGAUCCUCAUUUAUAGAAUGACAGAACAAUCUGGAUAAAUGGCGAUUUUCAAAAGGAAACUGUACCAGCAAUGUUUUCUGUUUUUUGUUUUGUUUAUUCCACUAUCAGGUGUUUUAUGUUUCAGUGAACUCUCCUUCAUCAUCGAGCCCAGUGAUAUUACAGUGAUACCCAAGGAUCCAGUGGUCCUGGACUGUGUGGCCCACGGACAGCCUCCCAUCGUCAUCAGAUGGCUGAGGAAUGGAGUCAGGCUAGCGGAGAGCGAGCGGCUUCAGUUCCUGUCCAACGGCUCACUGUACAUACCGGAGGUCAGGGGAGAUGGAGAAGGGUCGGACGAAGGGUUCUAUCAGUGCCUCUCCCAAAACCAAUAUGGAGCCAUCCUAAGCCAAAGAUCCCGCCUGGUUAUCGCAAAUAUCUCACCAUUCGUGGUGCAGCCCGUGCCUUUGGAGGUGACCGAUGGUUCCGUGGCCAGGUUCACCUGCCAGGUGACCUCUAACCCUCCUGCCACCAUCACCUGGGAGCUAGACCAAAGCACACUACCAUUGGAGACAGACAGAAUCACAGUCCUGCCCAACGGAGCUCUCCAGAUUCAAAACGUCCAACUAGAGGAUGCUGGGAAGUACCGUUGUGUGGCCACCAACAUCGGCAACCGCGUCAAGAGUAGAGAGGCAACGCUCUCCGUCAUCAACCCAGGUUUUGGCCCUAAACCGCGUCAGAGGCCCCGGAUCAUAGCGGGCCCCCAAAAUAUGACGGCUUCCCUCCACUACACCGUGGUCCUGGAGUGUGUUGCUACAGGCAACCCCAGACCCAUCAUCUCCUGGAGCCGGGCCGACAGUAAACCCAUCGACGUGUUCAAUGCCAGGGUGCUGGGCAGUGGAAACCUGGUGAUCAGUGAUGUGAAGCCUCAGCACAGUGGAGUCUACCUCUGUAGAGCCACCACCCCAAGAACACGCAACUACACCAUCGCCGCUGCCAACCUCACCGUGCUAGAGCCCCCAUCACUGGUGGAGAGACCCGAGAGCCAGACCCGUCCCAGAGCUGGCACUGCCCGCUUCAUGUGCCAGGCUCAGGGGGUGCCCCCGCCACGCAUCUCCUGGCUGAAGAACGGAGAGGAGAUACACCUGAACGGCAGGAUCAAGAUGUACAACAGUAAAUUGGUGAUCACUCAGAUCACAACGGAGGACGAUGCCAUUUACCAGUGUGUGGCGGAGAACGAACAGGGCAGUGUUCUGUCCCUGGCACGCCUCAUCGUGGUGAUGUCUGAGGACCGGCCCAGCGUUCCCAGGAACAUCCACGCCGAAACCAUCUCCUCCUCAGCCAUCCUACUGGCCUGGGAGAGACCCAUCUACAACGCUGACAAAGUCAUCGCUUAUUCUGUACACUACAUGAAGGCUGAGGGACUAAACAAUGAGGAAUACCAGGCGGUGAUUGGCAACGACACGACCAGCUACAUUAUAGAUGACCUGGAGCCAUCUUGGAACUACUCUUUCUACAUGGUGGCUUAUAUGCCGAUGGGAGCUAGUCGUAUGUCUGACCGAGUCUGUCAACACACUCUGGAGGACGUGCCCCUGCGAACCCCAGAGCUCAGGCUGACCAGCCAUAGCCCUACAGACAUCCAGGUUUUGUGGCAGCCUCUACCAACCAAACUGUCCCGUGGUCACAUCUGGGCCUAUCGUCUGUCCUACCGCACGGCUGCAGACACCACGGUUCUGUCUGUGGAGCUGGCCCAGAACGACACCCAGUACCUCCUGGGAGACCUUCGGCCUGAUACCGUCUACCUGUUCCGGAUCGCUGCAGCCACCAGGGUGGGGUGGUGUGAACCCUCCUCCUGGACCUCCCACCGCACUCCCAAAACCUCCAGCAUCAAAGUGCCACCUGCCCCACUGCUGCAGCAACUGGAGCCGCUCAACUGCACCUCCAUCUUGGUUCGAUGGCAGCCAUCUCCAGGCCCCGUGGUCGUCCAGGGUUACCGGCUCUGUUACCAUGAGGAGGGUCAACCAGAACAGCCCUCCAUCCAGCUCCAGCCUGAGGACACAGAAUACACCAUCAGUGGUCUGGACCCAAGGAGGAAGUACCAGGUGAAACUGUUGGCAUUAAGCCUUGUAGGAGAUGGUUACCAGGCCGACCAGACACUCAGCACCCCAGGAUGUGUGUCAAUCCGAGACCACCCGGUGGCCCAGCCUCCAGCCCCGGACCAUGUGAGAGCGGUGGCUAACAGCUCGUCAGCGCUGUACCUGCGUUGGAGCCGUCCCGCCUUCGCCUCUAGGAAGGUUGUCAGCUACACAGCUCGCUGUACACCUGUGGGCCUGAUGAACGCAUCAGCUGUACGCUACAUACAGACUACCAAUCAGACUGUGGUGAUACAGGGUCUGGAACCCAACACACGCUAUGAGUUAGUGGUGCGUCUCCAUGCCGACCAGCUGUCCAGUCCCUGGAGUUCUGUUGUCCACCAGAGGACCCUUCCUGCAGCGCCCAGCCAUCCACCCGAAGGUGUGAGGGUGUCUCUGAUUGAGGACGGCACAGCCCUGGUUUCCUGGAAGGAACCAGAGGAGAACAACCUGGCAGUGACACACUACACCAUCCUGUACGCCUCACAGAGGGCCUGGCUGGCCGGACACUGGCAAACACUGCAGAGGGAGGGAAGUAACACCGUGGUACUGCUGGAGCGUCUGGAGCCUGGUAACGUCUACCUGGUGAAGAUCUCUGCCUCCAACCUGGUGGGAGACGGGCCCUUCUCUACCACUGUGGAGCUGGCCCUGGGUCCUGGGCCUAGACACAGAGGGAAGAGCCCCAGGCAUUCAGACAGCGGAUCCUCCUCGGACACUACAGUGUUCUCUGAUGGCCUAUACCACAUGGACCAGAAGUCCAUAACAGGCAUCAUGGUGGGGGUCUGCAUCACUCUGGCUUGUAUCGCCAUCUGUGCCCUCAUACUCAUCAACAAAGGCAGAUCCAGGAAAUCGUCCCUCUGUAAGAUCAUGGACGUAGUGAACGGUGAGAGACCCCAUGGUCCACGUGCUGGUUUGGCCCUGGCCAAUGAACACCAGGCUGACAACAUAGAGGCCCUGAUGCCUGUGAUGGCACAACACUUCAUUGAUGCCAAGGGUGGUUGUAACCUGGCGAUUAGUAGAACAGGUCCAGUCAAUGGCAGCAGGCGCGGUAAGAGAUGGCAAUUCUUCAAGAGGGAGAGACGUAAUACAAAUACAAGCCAGGUUGAGAACAGAGUGUGUCUGUACGAGGCAGGGAAGACCAUGCUGUGUUACGAGGAUAAGGUAGACGCUCCGCCCCUCCAGCCUUCCAGGCUGCAGAUCCUGUUCGGGCCACUAGGGGGCUUACAGAGCUCCGUGGGUAGCAGUCAGGGAAGCAGCUCUGGGACCACUGAGACCAGCGAAGGAAGCCACGAGACAGGAGACUCCGGUCACUACUCCAACGAAGAGAUGAGCAACGAGGUGAGAUUGAGUAACCCGUCCACAGCUACGUCGGGCCGUAAUUCCAGGCAUCCGUCCUUCGGGUCGGAGUUGGAUGACAGCUCAACUCCAGAGGAUGAAGAGUUUAGAAGUGGAGGAAGAAGGAAGCUUGGUUUUAAAGUGGAAUCUGAGGUGACGACACCAAGCCAUCCUUACCAUCAUCACCAUCACCUCCACCGGCCUGGUCAUGACACUGUCCAGCUGCCCUCACAUCCCUGUUCCCUCUCGGCUGAGGAAGCUGCUUAUCCUGCCCAGGGCACGGUUCAGUCAGCAGGCUCCUCCUGACGAUAAGCUACCCAGCCUGAAUGUGACUCAUCUACAGCUGAAGUUGCCCACUUCUCUCCCGUCUUGGCCUCCUGAAAACAGGCCCUUCAGCAUGGAGCAUACAAGGAGUUAUGAAGAGGGAUCAGGAAGUUGAAGAUUGAGGAGGAAACAGGUGUUUUCUUCAGGUCUACCUCAGGAUAUUUGUAAAUUAAUGUUGUUGUUUUCCUGUUUCAUUUUGAUCUCAUUUUCAGUCUGUCUGAUUUUCGUCUGUGUGUCUGUUCGGUCUUUAGGGCUGGUUUAUGAACACAGAUCAAGCCUUGUCCUGGAUUGGUGACAGGUAUGUUAUGGGAUCCUGAAAAGCAUGUUUAGUGAUAUUCUCCAUUCAAAGUGGCUUCUGUACAAACAGGACCAGGCUUAAUCUGUGUCCGGAGAAACGAGUCCUUAAUGUCUGUUCUAAACCAAAGCUCACGCCAAAAAUGAAUGUUCAAAAAAAUGUCCAAAAAUGUAUUGCUUUUGUGAUCCAUUUUUUUCUAUGUGAAAGUAGAUUUAUUUCUUCCACUAAAGUAGAGGGUGUAGUUGGUGACCCCUCAUUGCUGAUUGUCUACCUCAGUGACUCUGAUUGUAUAUAGUGCUACUUCAUCUUAACAGUAUAUUGUGCAGUACUGUAUAUAGUACUACCUCAUCUUAACAGUAUAUUGUGCAGUAUUUCCCAUAACUCAGGGAAUGAAGUUGAAAACAUUUAAAAGCCAUGUCUUCUUACCUGCAUUAAUAUCCUGCAGGGAUUAUUUAGGCUUAAUUUGUUUUGAAGAUUUGUGAAAAUUCCUUUUUAAUUAUUAGUUGUUUUUUUAUAAGGUUGGAAAAGCUUUUAAGUUUUGAAUGAUGAGUCUCUUCGGUAAAGUUCUACUAUUUAAGUGCAUUCGAUAUCAUCAGUCUCUAUUUGAGUAAGAUCAAGUAACCGAAAAUAAACAUUUAACUGGCAUUUCCAGUGCAAAGCUUUAAAAUGUCCGUAUAACGUGGAAAAGGGCUUUGCAGAUGAUCGUAGAUAUAGAGAUCCAAAGAAAGAGUUGUUCGCCUAUAAGUAAACAAAACCUCAAAAGCAACAACAACAACAACAAAAAAUGAUACAUGCAAUAGACAUACAGACUAUGCCAAAAUCAUGGGUUCCAUGUACAACCGUUUCCACAGAGUUCUACACGGAACUCAAAAGGGUUCUACCUGGAACCCAAAAGGGUUAACCUAUGAGGACAGCCAAAGAACCCUUUUGGAACCCUUUUGUCUAAGAGUGUAUGUCUAUUCCUCUUUGAGUUGAAUGCAUUUCUUAUUGUAAAUUUCAAGACAAGUUUUAUACCUGGUUGAAAGCUUUAACUCUUUGUCUGUCUUUCAGACGAUUGUUCUCCGUUUGCGUUCUAUCUUAAAUCACUGAUACCAAACGCAGCAGUGACACAGAUGUCCCACGGAGCAAAAACUGGUUCAAUCAAUGUUGUUUCCACGUCAUUUCAACAACAAAAAAUGCAAUGUGAUAACAUUGAAUCAAUGUGAAAAACUGAUUGGAUUUGAAAAAAAGUCAUCACUGUAAGAGAAUUUAAUAUUUUUUCAGCUUUUAACCAAAGUCCAAUGACAUGGCAGCAUUUUUUUGUUGAUUUCAUGUUGAAUUCAUGUUAGUUGACAACUCAACCAGAUAUAAUUCAAAACUAGACGUUGAACUGACGUCUGUGCCCAGUGGGGUGCUAUCAGAUGCCUUCUAUCUAGCUCAUUGAUGCUAAAAGCAGCGGUGACACAGAUGUGCUAUUAGAUGCCAAAGAGUUGUCUACUUCCUCAAAUGGGGAGGACUGAUGGGUCCUUCAGAUAGAUCAGAUGGGAGGACUGAUGGGUCCUUCAGAUAGAUCAGAUGGGAGGACUGAUGGGUCCUUCAGAUUGAUCCUUGGAAUGAUGUAAUUUGAAGCCAGGGUUGGGAUCUGUUUCAUUUCAAAUGUCAAUUAUGGGAGUAAACUGACAUUCCAAUUCCAAUGCUUUUCAAUGAGCAAAGUUGGCAUUUUGAAUUUUUGUUAACUUCUAGAAUUGACUGAAUUGGAAUGGAAUUGAGUCCAACCCUGACAGUAUUUGCUACUCACACAGGACCAAAGAAUCCAGUCAGUGUAUUGACAGUGAUAGUAGGUGGAAGAUGUUUUUUUAUUUUAGGUGGAUUUUUCAUCCAUCAACAAGAUUCUAACCUGGCUACUACGAUAUUCUGUAUUCUAACCUGGCUAAUACUAUAUUUCAGUGUGACAAUACGACAAGGAUUCUGACUAUCAAAUCGAUAACCACUAUGUGUGAAGAGCAACAUAAUCAAGUUUUAUAUCUUUGAAAAACAAAUAAUCUUAACCAAAGAAUAAUUUAAAGUCACCGUUGUUUAGUCAUUAGUUCUUUGGUUUAUUUUUUUUUUGCAUAACAGUUUUUGCAUAUUGUGAUAUGUUUCUAGGAUUUUGAUUCAUUGGAAAGGGCAUUUUACAGUCGAUUCGUUGUGAUGCCAAGUUCCAUUUUGUUUAGAGCGGCUUGAGAGGUCAAAAAGUGUUCCGUUUAGUUGUCGAUGUGAUUGUUGUUCAAGAGAUUUCACCUUAAAUAUCUUAAGUUAACUUUGGGGCUUUUAAAACAUUUAUUAUUGUUGUUUUCUUUUAGGAUAAUUUUAUUGAGUAUUAACGCAUAUUUUUCAUAGAUGGAUAUAAGAAAAGAUUGGGCUAUUUUCCCUCUGUCUGUGUUCUCAGAGCCUGUGCCAGUAGCAGGUUAGUCAGUGAGCCUGUUGCCUGUUGCCUGUUGCCAUCAAUUGAACAUUAUGAAUGUGUUACUUAUUUUUAUUAUUUGACUUAUUUUUUGUUCUAAUUUCCUGCUUUUGUAAUGCAUAUUUACCCUACCAUAUCAUUUAGAUUUUCCCCCCUCAAUUGUUAAAACAACGGUGUUUCUGUGUUACAAUGCACAAGCCAAACUGUUUGGUCCUCUCAAGAUUGUCUCAUCAUUUGAAUAAAACUGUUCCUGAAAAACUAUUC